UCCUCGCCAUCCUCAGCUCCCAGUUCCCCCACUUAUCGUCUGCUUCUCCCCAGUCCACCGUCUCCCCACCACCACCACUCCCCCGAUCAAAAUGGCGACCCUUGGUGCUCCUGUCCGUGUUUCCCCUCUCAUCAAGUUUGGUCGCUGGACUGCGCUUGUUACUGGAAUUCUGUAUGGGAGGAGUCACUUUAACAGUCUGAAAGCCAAGGAGGCUGUCAUCAGGGAAGAGGAGACCAAGAAGCAAGCAAUCAGAGAUGCACAACUUGCUGAGGAAAAGUUGAAGAAUAAUAAACAGGAGAUGAUCUACCUGGCGGGGGAAGCUGGUGUCAAGGUGCCUCCAAACUUUUAGUUCCCGCGUUCUUGGCAACCCUCCCUUACGCUGAAAGUUCUGUAUAUUCAGGUUAUGUAUAGAAUUCCAGUUUGGCGAUAAAGAUGUAUAAAGCGUAUCUUUAAUAAAUAAAUUAAUCCUU